AUGCGCUCUGGCUUUAACCCGAAAGGAGUCAUGCAGAUCCGACUCUCCGCAGAACAGUCAGAAAGCCUGUCUAACCCUGAGAGUUACCCUGCUCUAGGGGCUCAUGUGGCUAAAGUGGGCCAUGCUCUGGAUACCCCACAUGUUCCACAGGAGUUGCCUUCCGGACUCUCAAAAAACAUCAAUAGCACAUUCUUCAGUGGGGUAUUAAAAAAUUCAGAAAGUGUGGCUGAAAUUUUUGACUGCCUGGGCUCCCACUUCACCUGGCUGCAGGCUGUCUUCACCAAUUUCCCUCUGCUGCUCCAGUUUGUGAACAGCAUGAAGUGUGUGGCUGGUUUUUGCCCCCGAGACUUUGAAGACUAUGGCUGUGCCUGCAGGUUUGAAAUGGAAGGGCUGCCAGUAGAUGAGUCUGACAGCUGCUGCUUCCAGCACCGCAGGUGUUAUGAAGAUGCCGCUGAGAUGGAUUGUCUCCAGGACCCUGCUAAGCUCAGUGCAGAUGUUGACUGCAUCAGCAAGAAAAUCACAUGCGUGUCAGAAGACCCUUGUGAGCACCUACUGUGUACCUGUGACAAGGCAGCCAUUGAGUGCUUGGCUCAGUCAGGCAUCAACUCUUCUCUCAACCUUCUGGACACCUCCUUCUGCCUGGUACAGACUCCAGAGACAACAAACAGGAAAGGACUGACAACACUGAUCCCCAGAGAGGUUCCUGAAAAACCCACAGACAGCAGCCUGACAGCGCUCUCAGGAGAAGUGGCUGGUGAGACCAGAGCUGACAGACUGACCACACUCUCCAGGACAAAACCAGGCCGAGAUCUGGAAGGCACAGGAGCUGCUAGGAUCACAGUCCCUCCAGGAUCUGAAGAGAUUAUCACCACAGCUAAAGGUGCUACCCUUGUCCCCCCUGGCAUUAAAUCUUUGGGGUUGACAGUGUCAUCUGCUAACAGUGGUCCUGAGGAGACAACUGGAAAAGCUUGUGACAGAUUGACCUUCCUGCACCUGGGGAGUGGGGACAACACGCAAGUGAUGCUACAGCUUGGAGAGAUGCUCUUUUGUCUGACAUCCCGUUGCCCUGAGGAAUUUGAAUCUUACGGUUGUUACUGUGGGCAGGAAGGAAGAGGAGAGCCAAGAGACACUUUGGAUAGGUGCUGUUUAUCCCAUCACUGCUGCCUGGAGCAGGUGAGAAGGUUGGGCUGCCUGCAACUCUCGCAUCCUCGGUCAGCAGUGGUGUGUGUGGAUGGUGCACCCAAGUGUGUGGGGCAGAGCUUGUGCGAGAAGCUGCUAUGUGCCUGUGACCAGACAGCAGCCGAAUGCAUGGCCUCUGCCUCCUUUAACCAAAGCCUCAAGUCACCAGGCAGACAAGAGUGCCAGGGCAAGCAGAUGUCAUGUGAGGAGAGCAUGCCUGGAGGGCACUCAGCUUCUUCUGUUGGCUCCAGCUCCGAGGAGAACAGCGAGGAGAUCAUGCCCCACACAGGAGGCCUCAGAAGCAGAAGGUUUCUGGGGAAGUCACUUGGUCCCUUGAAGACCAGGCCACUCCAUGGAAGAUAG